GGACGUAACAAUAUAUAUAUAUAUAUAUAUAUAGAAAAAAGAAUCACGCUCACGUGAAGAAAUUUCGAGUCACGUUCACGUGAUUGAAAAAGCGACAAAGAGAAUUGAAGAAACUUCUGGAACGCCCUCUCUGUUCUAUCAUGAUUCAUGAUUGCGUAACUUGCUUUCCGAAUCGUGCAAUUUGCGCAGCCAUCUAGUAGUUUGUCGAACGUUGUCGAACGAGAAGGUUCGGGUUCAGAGUCCAGGUUUGCGCAUUUGCGAAAUAUUUCAUCAAUUUACAUCUUCAAGUCUAUCCAUUUAAACAACUAGGAAAGAUGCCACGACGUGGACGUGCAGCUGCGCCUCCUCCGAGGACCGUCAGACCAGCUGCUGCAGCUGCUCCUGCCCCAUCCAGGGUUCCAGCUCAUGCCCCACCAACAUCACCCAUGGUGGCCCAGCCACCGCAACAGGGCCCAUCCCUCAUGGGCCAGAUGGCUGCCACAGCUGGUGGCGUAGCUAUCGGAUCUGCUGUAGGACACACCAUCGGUCAUGCAAUGACUGGACUCUUCAGCGGAGGCUCCAGUGAGACUGCUGCUGCUCCUGCUGCUGCGCCUAUGCAGCAGGCUGCUCCGGCUGCACCAGCCACAGGAGCUGCUUGCUCCUGGGAGAUUAAACAGUUCCUGGAAUGCGCCCAGAAUCAGUCUGAUCUGAGCCUGUGUGAAGGCUUCAACGAGGCGCUGCGUCAAUGCAAAGUUGCCAAUAAUAUUAUCUAAAUUGAUGUAGAAAAUGGAGAAAUAUAGAAAUUCUCUAGGUGAAGAAAUUAAAGUAUGUGCUCUAUAAUCCUAUAGAUUGUACAGCGAAAAAUUUGAUUUAUUUUUAUCAUUAUAUCAAUACUGUUAAUGUAACAUAAAAUAGUCCAGCGUUUAAUUCAUUUCUUUUUAGUACUUAUACAGUUUUAAAAGAGCAAUAAAUUAUGUUUGUUUAAAUUUUA